UAUUGCUGAUCGCGCCCCUGCCACAAGGACCUCUAUCAUGAUGUUGAAGUCUGUAGAUGCAGCGCGGACGAGUUGGCCUCUCCCUACUUCCGACAGCCCCCAUCGAUAUCUCCCUCCAGAACUUCUCAUCGAGAUAUUCGCAAGGCUGCAUCCCGAGAAGCGCGACGAGAUUCACUAUUUGCAUGUAUGCAGCGCCUGGCGAACACUCCUUCUCAAAACGGCAGAGUUCUGGGUAGAUAUGCUUCGAAUACCCUCCAUCAUGGUGUAUGAGGAUAGGCCGCCCACCGAUAUCGACAUCGAGUUUGCGAACACGUUCAUGGAACGAUCCGCCUCUCUUGAUAUCGACGUUACGGUGCAUAUCUCCCCGAAGCUUACCCCCGCAGCUUUCGCGUCUCGCAGCCAACGGAUCUUGUCUCUCGUUCUAUACAUCGAGUCUCAGUAUGCCGCGGACUUUUUCCAAGUCUUGACGACUGGUAUGCCUCAUCUGCGGCAACUUGUCGUUCACCACAAGUACGAAGGCUUGAACCAUCCUCCGAGAUUCCCCUCGGAGACAACGAAGCUCAUCCGGACGGCUUCCUUUGCCCUACCAUCUCUCCGCGAUCUCCGCAUCCCCUUUGCAUUCCUCGCACCAGGACUGGCCAAUAGCUCUCUGCGAACCUUGGCAAUGGGCGGAUGUUAUUGCUCCGACUGCAUUGGCAGUUCCGUUACGCUCGACACGAUCCUCACCUUCCUAGAGAAAUGCCCUUCUUUAGAAGAUUUGCACAUCAAGGAGGAGGGUAGAAAGCCGCAUGUGUCAUCCCGCUCGCCG